AUGCCGCCGGCGCUCAUGGUUGCCUCAGCCACGACCGCCCACCCGAUCUUUUCGAGCCACACGCUUGGCGGCAUCGCGCCCGUCAUCGCCAACUGCGUGUUUGUCUUCCUCUUCGCCUACUCGCAGACGAUGGCCUACCUUACGCUCAAGCGCGAGGUGCGCUACAACGAGGCGUAUGCCAAGACGGCGUACCAGUGGUCUGGCUUCCUCGCGCAAAUGGGCGCGCUUCUCGGCACGGUCGUCAUUUUUCCGCUUGUGACAUACACAACGCUCUUCCAGCGCAGCUACGGCGAGUUAUAG